GUUGCUAUUUUAAUUUGUGAUAAUUUUGAGUGUUUUCGACAAUUCAUUAAAUCAUAUUUAAUCUUUUGAAUUACAAAUACAAAAUACAUACAUAUCAAAAUUCCUCAGUGAUCAGUUGAUUUUGGAAUUCCAAAGAGAUCCAGAUUAUGUAUGUUCACGCCUUUUAUAAUACAAGUAGCAUCACAUGACUCACAGUAAACAGAACUCAUUAAUGUUAACCAAUCAACUUCGUAGACACAAUUAUUCGUCAGAACGUAAAAAAGCAGAAUAUUUACAUGAAAUUGACAUUUCACUACUUAAUUCUGUUUUGUUACCGCCUUAUGAAAUUUUCUCGGAAUCUAAUGCAAUUUCAUUUAUCGAAAAGUAUCAUAAAACAAAACCAGUCAAAUAUAAGGCAUUUGUUCUUCCAGAUAGAUUUGUUCUGCAUAACAAGAAUCGCAGACUAAUUACUUACCCAAAACCAUGUAUCAUUUAUUCUGAAGUGAAAUAUAUUUUCACCUCACCAAGCAAAUCAACCCUUGGCUGUUUUGUAUUAUGCAUCGAUUCAUGUAUUGACAAAAUAUGUCGUUAUGAGUUGUACAAAAUAAAAGAUCCAACAUCUCACGACUUCUUUAUAGACUUUUUAACAUAUGUUAUGGGAGUUAAGGCUCGCCAAUAUUGUAACAUUAUCAAUAGUUAUUAUCAUCAGCGUCAUUCCAUUACAUAUAAGUCAAAAACUUCAAACACUGGUAGAACAUCAAGCCCUUCUCUAGAUGAAUCUGAAUCUUUAUUCAAUUACGAGUUAUCAAGUUCAAAUCCUUCAUUUAAUCAAUUAAAAAGAAAAUAUAAAUAA